UCAUAACUACACCUAGACGUACGAUCUGUUUGCCACGAGCUCCGUCUUGUGAUCCGAUAUGCCAUGUUGAAUUUUCGGCUCCUAUGUUGCCGGUUGCAAUACUCUGUUUGCAGACUAUACAACUAUAUAUACACGCAUAUGUCGGGUGUCCCCCUCGCGCGCAGCUACGGAGUCGCCAUUGAGGACUCGACUCAAUCUCUCGGCGCGGUAAAGAUAUUGUAUGGCGUGUCGGAGGAGAGAGUCUUCUCAUAAAGCUUCCACCGUUUUUCUGGUCGCCGGACUGUACUUACAUAUAUAUUUUUAUACUUACGCUUUCUCGAUGCAGACCUUGAUUGGCCAGCGCGAGAUCGACUGACGCUAUACUUGCUCGGGUAAGAGCGAAUUUUUAAUAAAAUUAUGUACCGGUGCAUAGACUCGACGUCCCGAUAACCUCACGAGAGAGAGACGGGACGCUUGAUGCGAAAAUUUCGGACUGCGCUCGUUCAGAAAGACCGCUUGUGUGAUUUUAAUUUUUUCCUGGGAAGCUUUCUCACAAGUUUUCUCGUCUAUCGGUCUCUGUCGUAUAUAAUACAUACUUUAUAAUAUAUGCCGCCGACAUGUUUCCUGGUGUGUAACCGAACUCGUUCUUCUUGUCCUCGUUCAUCCAAAAUUACAAUUCUAUGCCAUUAUCGUACUAUCUAGCAUAUUUUUACGUGUCGCAGCAUUUUUCCAUGUUCACAUAGCUCUUAAGCAUUGUCGUAGGUAUUUAGAUUUUGUAUCGUUGGAACCUACGCAUAUUGUAUACCCACUGUUUAUGCUAGUCCUUUGCAAAGUUGAGCUGAACUCAACUUUGCCUAAAUAGCACAGUCGUUAAACAAGUUAAUUUUUCAACAAGUUAGUGUUUUUGAAUUUUGAAAACGAUGAGAACAGCAUAGAGAUGUUUACGAAUCCAGCUUAUCCUUUUUCUCGAAUACAUCUUGGGUGAUUAUUCACAUUUGAGGACAAAUCAUGCAGAACUUUGAUGAUCUUGACAUUGAGGGGCGGAACCCUUCUGGGAAUGUCUCGCAAGAAGAUAAAGAAAAGGAAGAGCAUGAUCGAAAAAGAUUGAUGAGAAGUAGUGUAACUGCUGAAGAUGGUACUUUACGACCAGUUUAUUCUGAAACUGAAGAUGGUGAUGUCUGGUGUCACAUUUGCAACAUUGCUUUAUUUGGAGCACAUAAGUUAAUGAGCCAUAACAUAUGCAAUCGUCAUAAAAUGAAGCUAGAAGAAUGGCCUUAUCCAGUAUUAUUGUGGUCAAAAAGAUCAGAUAUCGUCAAAAAAAGUAGUAAAAAUGUUCUUGGAGAAGGUGUUGCACCAGGAGAACCAAUUCCACCAGGUAUGGAGGAUCAAAUAUCCAGGAGUACGACUAUACAAAUGAGCUUAGACCGACACAGAAGUUCCCCUCUUGUUGGUCUAGAGUAUCUCUUAGAAAUUGUAGAUCCAGAAAGUCCAGAACCUAGCUAUACCUGCGUUCUUUGUGAUAAGCGUGGGGAUCCUCGAACAGUUAUGGCUCACAUUACCAGUUAUAAUCAUCGAAUAACGUAUUUGAAUCGUCACUUUCCUACAAUAUCGCGAGCUAUAUCAGACCUACCUCGUACUGUUAAUUACAAACGAGGAGCUAAUGAAAUCUCUGUGUUAGUUGCUAAGAAGAUUGAACAACAUUUUGGAAGAUUACAACCUCAGUUGGUGGACAAGCUUCAAUAUGAAAAAAACAAAGUGCAGAUUGUUAAGAGGAUAUAUCAUGACUACCAUUUUAAGGAAACAAAGGAACUUACUUUCAUGGAAGAGUAUGAUGUUCGUUGGGUGACAAACUUUGAAGAUAAAAUGGCUGAAGUCACGCAAAAAGAACAAAAAGAAAAAGAAGAAUUUUUAAAUAAAAAAGAAGAUAGAACACAUGAUAAGACAUCAAAAGACUCGUCAAAAGGUGCUGAUCCCAAAUCAGACUCGUCGAAAUCUGGAUUCAAAAUACGCAUUUUGACUAAAGAAAAGUUAAAUGCUAUAAGGAAACCUGAUAAAGAGGCCGAGAAAGACGAUGGUUUGGAAGAUGUAAAGUCCUUAUCUUCAUUAUCGAGUAUCUCGAGUAGCCCAUCGCCGCGUCGCGGUAGAUCUCGUUCCCUCGAUCGCUUUGGAAAAAAAUCGUCACCUAGCGAUAAAUACCGAAACAACCACAAAUCGAGAGGUCGGUCUCGUUCGCUCGAGCGAAGAUGGAAUAAGUACAAGGAACAGGCUAAACGCGUCGAGGAGUCGCUCGAGCGAAAGCUCAAGUUCCACGAAAAGAACCCGGAAAAGCACCCGGCCUAUCCGGAGGAAUGGAAAAAGUUCUGGAACCGAAGGUACAAGGAGCUCCAGGCUGAGGGCAAGGACCCCAGCAAGCAUGAUUUCAAGCCUGAAUGGAUCGAGUACUGGAACAAGCGAAUGCGCGAGCUGCACACCGAGCAGCUGGAACAGCGCAAAACAGACAUUAAAAAGAAACUCGAACUCGAGGGAGAGAUGCCGACGGUGUUCCCAUCGACGCGACGCGAGAAAAACAAGUCACCGUCGAACGGCAAGCUUGCUGUCAACAUAAAGCAGGAGAGUGACAACGAGGUGGAAUACGUGGGCAUGAAACCAGCAACAAAGUCCAUCGACAGGUACCACGAUCGGUACAGCGCAGCGAAAGACCGGGACCGUGAUCGGGACCGCGAGCGCGACAGAGAGCGUGAUAGAGAGCGCGACCGCGAACGAGACCGAGAGCGCGACCGCGAACGGGACCGGGAACGAGAUCGUGAGCGUGAGAGAGAAAGAGAACGCGAGAGGGAAAGAGACAGAGAACGAGAUCGUCUGAGAGAACGCGAUCGAGAUUCUCUGAGAGAACGCGAUCGAGAUCCACUGAGAGAACGCGAUCGAGAUUCACUGAGAGAACGCGAUCGAGAUCCACUAAGGGAACGCGAACGAGAUCCAUUGAGAGAACGCGAACGAGAACCUCUGAGAGAACGCGAUCCACUUAGAGAACGUGAACGAGAUCCGUAUCAUUAUUCGUAUCCGCGUGGUCGCGGUGGAUAUGUGAAACCGUACUAUGCUGCCCCACCGACGCGUCCAAGGUAUCAUGCAACCCCUUAUCCUAUGACCGAUCGAAACAAGUCACAGUCUCCGCCCAAGGAGGAGAUGACUGAGGACUUGGAAAUCGUGGGAUUGUUGAGGCUGCUCACCGCUCUGGAAGGGCAGUUGGGCUCCUUGGGUCCGAAGAUUGUGGCCCUAUUAUCCAAGGCGUUGGCGGCUGAGAAAGCCAAGCCGAAUUCAGCCGAAGAGCUGCUGUUCGACGAGGAAGUGAGCGUUCUCUUUGAGACCGUCAAGGAAAAGCUUAAGGGUCAAUUGUUCGCAGGUAUGAUAGAGAAGGUGGCGAUUCCACCUACGAAGAAUGCCAUUCAGAAUAUAGCCAGAUUGCUCCAUAAUGCGACGGAGAGCAAAAAGAAGAUGGAAGAAGAGAAGAAAAAGCAGAAAGAGUUGUUGGAGAAGUCUAGACAGAUGGGCUUUCUUAAUCGCGCGAUGUAUCCGCGUGCUAUCGAAAUUGAGCCUGUUCGCAAAUCUGAACCAGUGAGUGUACCAGGCGUGGGUACCGUAGAUAAAGUAGCCAUUGCACAACAAAUCGCGGCGGCAUUAAUAGCUCAGGGUAGGACGAAUGUAUCGCAAGAAGAAUUAGAGACACUCAUUAACGCGGUCGUUGGUAUGGCAGAAGCUUCCAAAAAUAGUGAUAAGCCUGUUACUACGGCUGACUUCGUGAAGGGCUUGACAGGUAAUGCUACUAGUACUAAUAGUAAUAGCAAUUCUAUCAGUAACAACGAUACUUUAAGUUUGAAAGAUAGCUACCGGAUCAAAACUCCUGAGCCGGAAAAACCUAUAGACCAUGCGGCUAAAAUGGAAACCUUGUCGGAUUCCGAUUUAAAAGCACUUUUACAAAACUUCAAAGAAUUGAGCACGGACGAACAGCAUGGGCUCAUUAACUUUUUAAAGAAACUCGAGGCAACAGAUUCCGCUAGAGUUGAGAAACUUCGUGCUUACGUUAACUUAGGUCCCGCGCCUAUAUCCCCCGCUUUAAGACCUAUAUCUCCAGCUAGUGAUCAAGACGAGCCUCCCCGUAAUUUCCGAAGAAGUGCUUCCCCGUUCUCGAGUCGCAAAGGAAACCAUAAUCCUUGCGACGAUGAAGAGAAGUGGAAACCAAAGCUAGAUAUAUUUGCCGAUGAGGAUGAGGAAAAACGGAGAAAGCUUGAUGACAAAUCAAAAGCGAAAUUAGAUUUGUCAGACGACGAUGAUGACUAUACGUUUGAAGAUAUUUACAAAGCCGCCGAUAAAAAUGUUAAUGAAAACGAGAAAGCCAAGAAAAGAUCGUACUCGAGAUCGAAAUCCAAAUCACCCACAGUAUGGUCGCGGUCUAGGUCGCAUUCGCCACCUUUUAAGAAAUCAGAUUACUCCAAGACUAACGAUCCUAACGUUAUUCUGAACGAGACUAAGCGAUUGAUCGCCAAUAUAAUGGGUGAUCUACCUACUAAGUAUGUUUCUAAAUCUCACUUGUCGCCGUUGUCUGAAAGUUCUCAAAUGUCACAGUCGGGCUCACUUUUACCAUCCGUUUCGGCAUCGAAUACUAUUCCAAGCGGUUUCGGGCAAAAUUACGGUUUGAGUUCCCAGUCAAACAGUUCCCAGUUACCUUACACCUCUAACCAGUUCCAAAGUUAUUCACAACCACCGCAGCAACAAUCACAGUCCUACGGCGGUAAUUCGGGAUUUUUAAAUAACGGUUAUAAUAAUUUUAAUCAGGGCUUCAGUAAUUUGAACAGUCAAAGUCAGUUUAGCGGAAUGCCGGCUAAUCCGUAUCCUCCACCUUCUCAAACGAAUUAUGGAGGUUCUAAUUUCGGAAGCGCUCCGUCUGCUAGACCCUCGUCGUCCUAUCCCCCGCAACAGUUUGGGAAUUAUCCUCCUCCACAGCAACAGCAACGUUUUUAUUGAAGAGAUAUUAGUGUAGUGAUUGACUUAUAGGUACAAAACAUACAGAGACUAUUCGCAUGUUGUGAUUGAAAAACAGGCCACGAGCAUCAAAUUCAACUCUUUGUUAAAAAUUUGUUUAAGACAAUUUAAUUUUGAUAGAAUUUGGAAUUGUCAAGAAAAAUUGUACAUGAAUAAUAUUAAUAUUCAUUAAAAAACUUAUGAUACUUUCAACUUUUGUGUAAAUACACAAAAGAAAUUUUUGUGUACUUUAUAUACGCAACUUGUAUAGAUUUUAUGCAGCAUAAACUUGUG